CGCCGACCUCCUGGUCCUCCGGUGCCGGCCCUUUCGCGCCCCCUCCCCUUCCCCGGGAUGUUUUCGCUGGAUUUCUUGGACGAUGUCCGGCGGAUGAAUAAGCGGCAGCUGUAUUACCAGGUGCUGAACUUUGGGAUGAUCGUUUCCUCAGCGCUGAUGAUCUGGAAGGGGCUGAUGGUGGCAACAGGGAGUGAGAGUCCCAUUGUGGUCGUGCUGAGUGGCAGCAUGGAGCCGGCAUUUCACAGAGGAGACCUCCUGUUCUUAACCAAUCGCAUUGAAGAGCCAAUCAGAGUGGGUGAAAUCGUGGUCUUUAGGAUAGAAGGAAGAGAAAUUCCAAUCGUGCAUCGAGUUUUGAAAAUUCAUGAAAAGCAAAAUGGCGACAUCAAGUUUUUGACGAAGGGCGAUAAUAAUGCUGUCGACGACAGAGGCUUGUACAAGCAAGGGCAGCACUGGCUGGAGAAGAAGGAUGUUGUGGGAAGAGCGAGAGGAUUUGUGCCAUACAUUGGAAUAGUGACCAUCCUAAUGAACGAUUACCCCAAAUUCAAGAGCGUAAGCUCCUUUCCUGAACUGAAGGCCUGCAGUGUCUAAGGAAAAUCAGAUCAGAGAACUCUGCAUGGCCAACCAAGAACAGGUAUCCUGGUCUCUCUGAAAGUGAGGCAAAAGACAACAGAAACUAUAUGCGACCCCUUCUGGAAGGAAUCUUCUCUGCUGGAAGCAACAGAAUGAAGUCAGCAAAUCCAAAGGUGGUAGCACACACCACUUCAGAUGAGGGGUGGCAUUUUUAACACUUUCUCCUAGUGUAAAAACCCCUGCAGAUAAAAAACAAGCACACAAAGGAAUUGUGGGAAUUCUAGCUCAG